AUGGAUCUCUCUUUACUGGUCUUUCCUCAAUGGUCUUCCUUUAUUCAAUUUUCUUCAUUGGUCUUCUUCUAUUGGUCUUUCCUCAGUGGUCUUCCUUUAUUCAAUUUUCUUCAUUGGUCUUCUUCUAUUGACUAUUUUAUUGGUCUCUCCUCAUUGGUCUUCCUUUAUUCAAUUUUCUUCAUUGGUCUUCGUUAUUGGUCUUUCUUCAUGAGUCUUUUUAUUGGUCUUUCCUCAUUGGUCUUCCUUUAUUCAAUUUUCUUCAUUGGUCUCCUUUUAUUGGCCUUCUUUCAUAAGACUUUAUUGGUCUUUCUUCAUCUCUCUUCCUUUAUUCAAGUUUCUUCAUUGUUUUAUUGGUCUUUCUUCAUGAGACUUUCUUUAUUGGUCUUUCCUCAUUGGACUUCCUUUAUUCAAUUUUCUUCAUUGGUCUUCUUUUAUUGGCCUUUCUUCUUAAGACUUUCUUUACUGGCCUUUGCUUUCAUUAUUAGGCAUCCUUUAUUAUCUUUCUUCAUUGAUCUUUAUUUGUCUUUCUUUAUUAGCUUUUCUUUAUUGUUCAUUCUCCAUUGGUCUUUCGUUAAUGGUUUUCUUCAUUCUUCUUUCAUUAUAAUCUUUAUUUUUCGUUAUUUCAUCAUUUAUUGUUCUUUCUUUCUUAGUCUUUCUUCAUUGUUCUUCCUUUAUCUCUCUUUAUUAUUUUUUUCAUUCGUCUUUCUUUAUUUUUCUUUCUUCAUUUGCCUUUCUUCAGCUUCUUUCCUUAUUGGUCUUUUUGAAUUGUUCGUUUUUUUUUGGUCUAUCGUAUUCUUUCAUCAUUGGUCUUUCUUUAUUCUUCUUUCUUUGUUUACUCUAUUGUUCAUUCUAUAUUAUUCAUUCUAUAGUAUUCCUUCUUUAUUGUCUUUCUUUAUUUUUCUUUCUUUAUUGUCCAUUCUUCAGCUGUUUUGCCGUGUUGUUCUUUCUUUUAUUUGCUAUUUCUUCAUUGACCUUUUUUUCAUUGGUAUUUCAUUUUUUGACCAUUUCUAUUUAGUCUAUCGUAAUUGCUCUUUAUUUCUUCACCUCUUUAAGUCUAUCUAUCUAUCUAUCUAUCUAUCUAUCUAUCUCAGUAAGUUUCUAACUAUCUUUCUCAGUAAGUUUCUAUCUUUCUGUUUCAUUAAUUUCUAUCUAUCUAUCUAUCUAUCUAUCUAUCUAUCUAUCUAUCUAUCUAUCUCAAAUCAAUCUCGCGAGCUCGACGGUCUGUAUUCUGUGUGUAUUUCUUUCUUUCUUUCUUUCUUUCUUUCUUUCUUUCUUUCUUUCUUUCCCGGGUUAUCUAUCUAUCUAUCUAUCUAUCUAUCUAUCUAUCUAUGCCGUCUUUCAUUUCUAUAUAUCUAUCUAUCUUGGAUUAUUCAUUAUCUAUCUCGCGGUCUUUGUUAUCUAUCUAUCUAUCUAUCUAUCUAUCUAUCUAUCUAUCUAUCUCAGUUAUGUUAUCUAUCUAUCUAUCUAUCUAUCUAUCUAUCUAUGCCGUCUUUCAUUUCUAUAUAUCUAUCUAUCUUGGAUUAUUCAUUAUCUAUCUCGCGGUCUUCGUUAUCUAUCUAUCUAUCUAUCUAUCUAUGUAUGUAUCUAUCUAUGCUGUGCCAUUUCUAUCUAGCUAUCUCUUCCGCAUUAUUAAUUAUCUAUCUAUCUAUCUAUCUAAGUCGUCUCUCAUAUCUAUCUAUCUAUCUAUCUAUCUAUCUAUCUAUCUCAGUUAUGUUAUCUAUCUAUCUAUCUAUCUAUCUAUUUAUGCCGUCUUUCAUUUCUAUAUAUCUAUCUAUCUUGGAUUAUUCAUUAUCUAUCUCGCGGUCUUCGUUAUCUAUCUAUCUAUCUAUCUAUGCUGUGCCAUUUCUAUCUAGCUAUCUCUUCCGCAUUAUUAAUUAUCUAUCUAUCUAUCUAUCUAUCUAUCUAUCUAUCUAUCUAUCUAAGUCGUCUCUCAUAUCUAUCUAUCUAUCUAUCUAUCUAUGCUGUCUUUCAUAUCUAUCUAUUUAUCUAUCUAUUCAUUUGAUAUCUAUUUAUCUAUCUAUCUAUCUAUGA